AUGGAUUACUACCUGCUUGGAUUAAUCUUAGCUUUCCUCAUCGGUGACGCAAAGAUCUUAGCUGGUUACCCCAUUUGGUGGUCCCUUGCGCUCGGCCAACAGUACACCUCGCUGGGGUCACAGCCCAUCCUGUGCGGUUCCAUCCCCGGCCUGGUGCCCAAGCAACUUCGCUUCUGCCGGAACUACAUUGAGAUCAUGCCCAGCGUGGCCGAGGGGGUGAAGCUGGGCAUCCAGGAGUGCCAACACCAGUUCCGGGGGCGGCGCUGGAAUUGCACCACCAUCGAAGACAGCCUGGCCAUUUUUGGGCCUGUUCUAGAUAAAGCUACCCGAGAGUCUGCCUUUGUCCACGCCAUUGCCUCAGCAGGGGUGGCGUUUGCCGUAACCCGCUCCUGUGCUGAAGGAACUUCCACUAUCUGCGGCUGCGACUCACAUCACAAGGGGCCACCCGGCGAAGGGUGGAAAUGGGGUGGCUGCAGUGAGGAUGCUGACUUUGGCGUGCUGGUUUCCCGGGAGUUUGCAGAUGCCCGAGAAAACCGCCCAGAUGCCCGCUCUGCCAUGAACAGGCACAAUAACGAAGCCGGAAGAACGACCAUCUUGGAUCACAUGCACUUGAAAUGCAAGUGCCACGGCCUAUCGGGCAGCUGCGAGGUUAAAACGUGUUGGUGGGCCCAGCCAGAUUUCCGGGCCAUCGGUGACUACUUGAAGGACAAGUACGACAGCGCUUCGGAGAUGGUGGUGGAGAAACAUCGGGAGUCCCGUGGGUGGGUGGAGACCUUGCGGGCCAAGUACGCCCUCUUCAAGCCGCCAACAGAGCGUGACUUGGUCUACUAUGAGAACUCGCCCAACUUCUGCGACCCCAACCCAGAGACGGGCUCCUUCGGCACCAGGGACAGGACGUGCAACGUGACUUCGCACGGCAUCGACGGCUGUGAUCUGCUGUGCUGCGGCCGGGGCCACAACACGAGGACAGAGAAACGGAAGGAGAAGUGCCACUGCAUCUUCCACUGGUGCUGCUACGUCAGCUGCCAGGAGUGCAUCCGGAUUUACGAUGUCCACACCUGCAAAUAG